AGAGAUAUCAUGUUUCAGUUCUUUUAAGUUCUUGCGAUUUUAUUUUUCUCAGCGUCACUGGAUAGCCUUAUCUUCAAUGCUGAUGAAGCACUUGGCUUGUCCAACUUUGGCAAUGGGGUGAAAACAGGAGAGGCGUAAUUAUUCGUUCAAACUCCCCUACCAUUCUGUUCAACAUCCCCUACCAUUCUCUAGCUAUUCAAUAUUCCAUAAUAAUACCUACCGCGCACUCAGCUGGAAUGUCUUCUAUCGGCUCCACCUUCCCGACUCCCAAAGUGAAAGGAUUUCCUUCUGUUCCGUUCCUUCUUCCGUCAAUCUUUCCCAACAUAUCUACUAUUCUAUUGCAGCUAAUAUUUUAUACAACGCGUCUUUCAACCCAUAUUCAGCCUAGACAGAACACCAAGAGCAUAUAAUCCGACAGCUACAGUCCGAAUCACAGCUUGGUUCUAUCAAAACGAACAUGGCACUCAAAUUCUCUGCAUUUUGCAACCUUCUCCACGAACUGGAGAGGACGGUCACCAAAGAUCCCCCUCUACUUCCUGCACGACGCGAUGAAAUCCUUCACGAGAGAACUUCUAUGUGGUUCCGGCAGAACCGUCAAGCAAUCGAUUUGACCGAUGGUGUCGCCAUCCUCUCUACCUUCCUUCCAGAACAGCGGACGGACCGAGUUUACCAGCUGCAAGCGCGAUCGUUGUCCAAGAUCAUUGGGCGCUGUUAUCAAAUGCCGAGUGCGCGUUUCGACAAGCUACGAAAGUACGAGAUCCCCGGCCAUGGGGAUUUGGCAGAAUGCCUCGAACGAGAUCAGAGGCUGUAUGAUGCUGAACCUCGAGUUCAACUGAAUGGAAAUGCUGGUGACGUUACGGUAGAAGAGGUGGAUCGCUGCAUGCAGCAGCUGGCAGGACGGAGCAGGUUUUCGAAUCCUGAUGUUCGCCGAUCUGCACGACAGGAUCUAGGCGGUGUCCCUAUCGUGGAGCUUCUGAGGCCGCUGUAUUGGCGUCUGCGCUCCAGGGAAGCGAAGUGGUUGACAAGACUUAUCUUGAAAAAUUUCAGUCCCGUUGUCUUCAAUCCUCCGCUUGUGUUGUCCUGCUAUCAUUUUCUACUCCCCUCCCUCUUAAAAUUUCAGAAUGACUUUGCAGCAGCUGUGAAGUUGCUGAAGGGUCAAUUCUCCCCACUCCCCUCGAGCACGGACGUCGAUUCAGCUGCUGGCUUUAGAUACAUGGCAUCCGAAAACUUGCAACCUCAGAUCAACGUCAAAGUUGGGAGGCCAACGCACCACAAAGCUUGGAGCUUGAAUAACUGCCUAAAGCUGUGCGGGAGAAGGAAGUGGAUUGUUGAAAGGAAAUAUGAUGGUGAAUUUGCCGAGAUUCACAUUGAUCUCACGGCGAAUCCGGAUCCUGUAGGAACCGAUUGUAUCAGAAUCUUCUCGAAAUCUGGAAAAGAUUCGACGAGAGAUCGAGCCAAUGUCCACGACACGAUCAAAAGGAGUCUGAAGCUAGGAACGCCUCAAUGUCUCAUCAAGCGCAAGGCAAUCUUGUUGGCAGAGAUGGUGGUUUGGAGCGACCGUGACAACAAAGUGCUUCCUUUUGAUCAUAUCCGUCGCCAUGUCUCUCGGUCCGGAUCGUAUUACGGCAAAUCGUUGGAUGGCUUCUCUUCGGAUUACAGCAGCGAGAAUCUUGCGUUGGUUUACUUUGACAUGCUGCUCCUGGAUGACGACGUCGUUAUGCGCAAACAUCAUGGGGAAAGGCGAGAAGUUCUGGGACGGGUGGUGAAGAAGAUCAGAGGGAGAUCGAUGACAGCGCUGUAUCGCCAGAUUGACUUUGGGUCUCCUGAUGCAUCGACAAAGCUCGCUAAACAGCUAGGGGCUGCUCUUGGUUGCGCGGCGGAGGGGCUUCUGCUGAAACCUGCCGAUCAACCAUAUUUCACCUUCAAACAUCCCUCCAAGAUGAAUGAACUGAGCUGUCACGGAUACAUAAAGCUCAAGAAAGACUACCUUGUCUCCCUGGGAGGAGAACGAGACGUUUGUGACCUUGCCGUUGUGGGUGGAUUGUAUGACGCUCUAGGCGAGAAACAAAUGGCGAGAGGGACCAAGGGUGUCAAAUAUACCAAGUUCUUCCUCGGCUGUUUGACGAACCCUGACGAGGUUCGCUUUAAUGGGAUUCCCGUAUUCCAAGUCGUAGCGGGACUCGGCGACGCUGAGAUAAUUCCAAAAGCCAUCUUUAAAGCACUGAACGAUGAUGUCCGAUUCAAGGCAUCCGUUGCUGGUUCUGGAAGUUCCGACAUGCGAGUCAUCGGCUAUUCUGGGAUCGAAAAGAAGGAACUUGAAGAGAUGAGUCUUUUCUGGCCUCCCCCCGUGGUCGAAAUUCUAGGGAGCGGAUUCGUCCGACCGCCGUCUUGCGACUUCAUGAUGCUUCGACAUCCGCGCAUGCUGAAAUUCCACGCAGACCGUACCUGGGUCGAUGCGCUGACCUUCUCGGGGUUGCAGAAAGAUGCAACCGAGUCAAAUAAAACGUCGGGGCUCGUCACUGGAAUCAGUGUCGCACUGGUUUCGAGAAGCAUGGGCGUUGAUCAAUAUGAUGGUGACGAGCUUUCGAAUAAAGAGUGGGAAGCGGAACUCGUCCAGGUCGUGCAUGAAGUGAGCCGGCGGGUCCGAGCAAAUAUUGAAGCGGGCACAAGCGACCUGGACGGGAUCCCCCUUCGGCAUAGAUAUGGGGCCUCAGUCUCCAUGUCGAUGCUCCGGUCUAGCCUUUCGUCGACACUUCAGACAUCCUCUGCAGGCAGCACUGAACUCGAGACCAUGACGAACACAGGUUUUACGGCAGCUAUCUCCUCCAGUGUGCCAACAAGGCCUCCACGGCUAAACAGAGAGUUGACCCGGACGCCAUCAAUCCGACCAUCGGGCUCUGCUACCGUUACUGAAUCGAACACAACUAUUCUCCCUACCCCUGUCGCUGCCGACGGCGGUCUCCCAAGCACUGAUAGUAGAAACACGUGCGAAAAUGUUCCAGAGUCCAGGAGCCAGGAAUUUUCUCGCUCGCUCAAACGACCGAGGAGGGAGAUUCAGAGCAGGAUACAGAAGGUAUCCCCGCCUCGAAUACUCGAGGAUGUUACGAAUGAAGCGGAGCGGUGAAGAUGGACAUCGCCAGUGCUUUACCAUCUCUUAUAGCGGAAUACAGAGUUGGAAGUGGUUUUGCGGCAAUGGGUUUGUGCGGAUCGUCAGCAUUCUGGGGCUAUGAUAUUGGAAAGUUGACGCGCAGACGAUUAAAUGGAAAGGAGGGCUGUCAAUAUCAUUACGGAGUUUAGAAGUUUGAGGAGACAAAAGGAGUAAAGGACAAGCAGGUCAAUGCCAUGACCCCACGAAACCAAGCUUCCU